UGCCCCACUUUUAGUGGAUAUCGCCGUAAUGCAACACAGACAGGCGACACGUACAUACCUGUGCAUGUACCGUUGACAACUAUUCGUAACAGAACUCGCAAGAUGUACGCCAUACUCGCCUUAAUCGCCUGUUUGGGGGUCUCCCUGGCCGCCCAGUGUUGUGUUCCCCCACAGUGGACUUCUCAGGCAUCAUUCCUGACCACAGUGGUCCGCAACGGGAAACCGUACUACAACAGGGGGACGCUUCUUAUGGCGUAUGACGCCGUGCGCCAUCGCAUUGGUCAAUACGAGCAUGUGGAACUAAACAGCGCCGCGAACACAUUGGACAUUGGUGUUCUUCUCGACUUCACGGCGAACCGGAAGUGGGUGAUCAACUCCAAGACGGGCAAAUGCUACACGAUGCCUCUCAAUCGGAAGCUCGAUGACUUUAUCGGCUGCGUCUCUGAAAACGCUACGUUGGUUGGCAGCCAAGAUUCCGUCGGGUUCGCCCCUAACGUCUUGAGGCUGAACACGUACUCGAUGGAUGGUCCUGGAUUGCGCGAGUACGCGAGUUUUACUUCCGACGCGUGUGUGCCGGUCGGGGACACCGUCCGGGGAACUAUCGACGGAAACAUGUUCAUGGAGAAUAUCCACUUCUACAACGUCUCCGCGGGCCUUCCUGUGGAUGAUCCCCUGGUAGUGCCGCCCCGCGGGUGUGAGGCCGCCAGCAACUUCGAGGGACAAUUACAUUUCCACGGUGGGUCCAGCCUGAUUGGCCGACGUUCGAUGUUCAGAAUCCUCGGCUUCUAGAUCGCAUCUGUGUCUUGUAAUGUCGCCUAGAAAUAUUAAAAUGUCUAUUCUUUUUU